AAGCAACUGCCAAAUUACUUGUCGUUCGACGCUGUCGAAGGUCUUUUCAAAGUCGGUGAGGGUGAGUUAUAGGGUUGACUGCCAUUCUAUACUCUGUUCUAUGAUGAUGCGAAGCGUUGCAAUUUGGUCCGCACAUGAUUUGUACUUCCUGAAUCCAGCCAGCCAGCCUGUUCGGGUCGUAGUUUUGAAUCCAGUGCAUCCUUUAGUCUCUUCAAAAUGAUGCGGCUUAAUAUUUUGCUUGCUGUGGGUGGACAGGAGAAUGAUUCCACGCCAGUUCUUGCAAACACUGAGGUCUCCCUUCUUCGGCAGUUUGACAAGGUAACCCUUCUUCCAAUCACUAGCCAGAUACCUUCCUUUCCUUCCUUCCAGACCUUCUGCACUAGUGGUGUGAGCAUGUCCGCUGUUGUCUCUGCGUCUGUUCUCAGUGCUUCUGGUGGGAUCUCAUCUGGUCCUACUGCUUUCCCACAUUUCAGUAGCUUUAUGGCGCUCAGGACUUCCACUUUUGUUGGAGGAUUUAUGUUCACUUGUAGUUCUGUGGCUGGGCUGCUGGUGGUAUUUCUGGAUGAAGUGCAGGUGGUGGUCGAUUCAAGAGCUUUUUGAAGUGGUCGGCCCAUUGUUUCCUUUGUUUCUCUUCUUUCGUAAUUAAAUUUCCGUCACCAUCUUUUAUUGGUUUCAUCUGUGUUGAUCUCUUCCCAGAUAGUAACCUUGUUAUUUGAUACAAUGUUGUCAGGUCUCUCUUACCUUCAACCUGUUCUGCUUCACUUGCCAGUGUUUCGUGGAAAUCAAUACAUAUAUAUUUCAAUUAAUCGAUUACUUUCACCGUUAAAGAGUCAAUUUUUUAUAAGUAGUUAUUGUUUAAAGCAAUACUACUGAAAUGGCAGUCCAUGAA